AUGUACAAAGGUGGAAGGCGGCAGGAAGCGUAUGGGGUCACGGUCUGGCAUGCGCAAACGCGACCUUACCUCGCCUUAUGCUUAAGGCCCCUUCACCUUCUGGCAACACUACCCAAGACGCCCUUCCAGGCGCCACCCUCUCACAAGCCUGUGAAGCGCAAUAAAACUGCCGGUACUGCCGCUCGUCUGAAGCCCGCAAGCUUGAUCGGAUGCUCCAGCAAGACUUCGAUCCCAAACUCCAAGAGUCAGCCCACCAAAGCAUCUGAUGGCCGCCCUGCACAACAACCAGCUCUUGCCAAAGACGAGGACGACGAGGAUGAUUUUUUGGACGAAGAUGAACAAGCGCUCUUCACCCCCGACGGCGCUGGUAACCCUUAUGUUCAAAGCGGCAAGCCAUCAGCCAAGGCUUUCAAGAAGGCCUCGGCUGAGGCUUUCAAUGGGCGUCGCAGUGCUGCAUCAUGCAAGGCACAGUUCUGGGCUCUAAAGCAGGUGUACAGCAAGAUUGCGGAUGUUCACUUGUGCACUGGAGGUGCCGGUGACAUUGAUGAGCAAGUGUCUGAGGAUGAACAGCUCCAGGCAAAGAUGGACUAUCUCAUGAAGACGCGAUCCUUGGAGUUUGGCCCAUCAAUUACACCUGAGAUCAUUCGCCAGUGGGAUACCGAAGGGUGGUUCAAUAUGCUAUCAGUUGGGUUGGGCAAGAAUUUAGAGCUCCGCCAGCCCAAGCCUCGUCACUCCGGAUGCAUCAGUGACUGCAAAGACAACAAUCAAAGCAACAACGAUGACAAUGAUGAUGUUGAUCAGCAGUUGCCAUCAGCCGGUCUUGUACGCGAAACAUCGUUGAAAGCAGCAGGAUACUGGCCACUCAACGUCCCACCGCACAAGUCACGCGCAGUCAAGGGGGUUGUUGCCGCUGCGGCUCAGUCUGCUAGCGGUAUGUUUGCAAUCGCAGAUGCUAUGCGCGAGAGUAUGGCGAGACAUGAUGAGCUCUAUGCUCAGAGGGCAAAACAGAAGGAGACCGAACAGCAGCGUGUCGCGAGGGCUGCUAAGUAUAAUAAGUGCCAGGAUCUUGUAGGCAAAGCGUCUCGGAACCUGGAUUUGUAUUCGAUGGAUGUCGUUGAUCAGGCCAAAAAUUUCAUGAUGAAGUACUUCAAGUUUGAUGAAUUUUAA